AUGAAUCCGUACCUUCGAUCUAGCCCUGCCUUUUCGCAGGCUUCGUCUGCCCUGGCCCUGCGUCCUGCUGGUCUUCCCCGCACGGCGGACCUGGCUCGCCGGUAUGCGACCCAGAGCGAUAUGGGUCGAGGAGCUUCGGGGCCUGCGACGCCCCGAAGAAGGAACGUUACCGUCCUGUCGGACGACGGGCGAUACGAGUGGGGGGAGCUGAGCGGACGGGAAAAGGCCGCUCGGGCAACGCAACAAUCGUUCAACUUUGUGGUGGUUCUGGCGGGUGCGGCUUUGACGGGAGGAGUCUUUUACCUCCUUUAUACCGAAGUCUUCUCCCCGAAUAGCAGGACGUGGCAGUACGAGAAGGCCGUCGAACGUAUCAAGAACGACUCGCGGUGUACGGACCUGCUCGGAGAUCGCAGGGAGAUUACAGCUUUUGGAGAGAAUACGGGGAGCAGAUGGGCGCGGAACCGCCCUAUUGCGAGCUCGAUUGACAAGGAUCGCUUGGGUCGCGAACAUUUGAAGAUGAAUUUCCAUGUCGAGGGACCUCGCAACUCGGGCGUUGUCUUUGUGCACAUGAUCAAGUCUCAUGACCAAAGUGACUGGCAAUAUCAUCUUCUUGCGUUGGAAGUGUCCGGUCACUCGCGGAUUGUGCUCGAGCAGGCUCCUGAGAAACCAGGAGUUGGCAAGGCAUUGAAACUCCUAGGUAUUCAAUGGCGCUAA